AUGGAGGAAAACACUAAUACAAUUAAUGUAGGCGUGAUUCUUUCGGGAGGUCCUUAUUCUGUGUAUGAUCACGAUGCUCCUCGGGUGGAUAAGGAGGUGUUUAAUCUUGGCGUACCAAUUUUAGGAAUUUGCUACGGACUUCAAGAGAUCGCAUGGAAUUUUGGAGGAUCAGUUACAGCUUGCGACCGCAGAGAAUUUGGUCACGCAUUAUUAAGCAUCGUUAAGCACCAAAGCCAUCCAUUAAUUGAUGGGUUAUUUGAUGGGUUGGAAGUUGGGCCUAAUGGUCAAGUAGUUGGUGCUGUGAGCGGCGGUGUUGACAGUACUGUCGCCGCUAAAUUGAUGAAAGAAGCUAUCGGCGAAAGAUUUCACGCUGUCCUUGUCGACAACGGCAUGAUGAGACUUAACGAAUGUCAGACGGUCAAGAAACAACUCGGCGAUCGCCUUGGAGUUAAUCUCAAAGUAGUGGAUGCUUCCGAUAAAUUUUUCGAUCGCCUUAAAGGAGUGACAGACCCGGAGAAAAAGCGAAAGAUAAUUGGCAAUCUCUUUAUUGAAGUUUUCGAGUCGGAAGCGGCUCUAAUCGAUAUCGAGACCAAGGAAAGUGGUCAUUGUUCAAUUGAAUAUCUUCUCCAAGGUACCCUUUAUCCGGAUGUCAUAGAGAGCAUCUCAAUUAAGGGACCUAGUGCCACGAUCAAAUCCCAUCACAAUGUAGGUGGAUUGUUGAAGGACAUGAAGCUUAAAUUGAUCGAACCCCUUAGGGAGCUAUUCAAAGAUGAAGUACGUGAGCUAGGAAAAGUUUUGGGCUUAUAUGAUGAGUUAAUUUGGCGCCACCCGUUCCCUGGACCCGGAAUUGCAAUUCGCAUAUUGGGUGAAGUUACGCCGAGUCAGGUUGCGAUUGCUCGUUUAGCUGAUCAUAUCUAUAUCGAGGAAAUAAAGAAAGCCGGACUUUACCAAAAAAUUUCACAAGCCUAUGCCGCUUUGUUGCCAGUCAAAGCAGUGGGUGUUAUGGGUGAUAAAAGGACAUAUGAACAAGUCAUUGCCUUGAGAGCAGUGGAGACUACGGACUUCAUGACCGCCGAUUGGUAUAAAAAUUUUCACAGAUAUUAUUCCAACUUUCGUCACAUUUAA